AUGAGUUCAGCAGCGGAAUUCGAUCGGCGGAUUUUGGGGCAAAACGUGAUCGCCACCCUAUCACCAGUCAAAUUAAUUACACCGACAAAUUCCCCUCAUGUCUCACCGACAAAGCGGCACGACUAUGGGGAUCGCUAUAUUCCACUCCGACAACCAACAGCCGACCUGCAAGCAAGGUUCUCCGCAAUUCCAGUGCCAGUACCAGCUGAUCAAGAAACACCGAAUACUUUCAAGCGGCCUUAUGCACAAUCAUCACCGCAUACGCCGACUCCGCGUACAAGUCAUCACUAUUCACAGUAUCAAGGCUACAGUUCGAACUCGGCUCCACCACCGGGAAAUGCGGAAGAGCCGAGACAAGAACAACUCGUGCAUCGAGCAUUGUUAAGGAAUGAGUUGCUCGGUGAUAAUAUCGAUGAUGUUAGGCAAUGUCUUUCGUAUGGAGAUGAUAUUGUGAUGCCUGGGGAUCGUCCGAGAGACAGCCCAUCCAGAAAUCUCUUCGCUUUCGGCCUUAAACAACAGACGCCGACAAAAUACGGUGACGCGUCUACAUCUCAGCUUUAUGGUGGCAUUUUAUCGGGACCUUUAUCAGAGGAUAGUAAACGCUUAUUGAGAAGCCCAAAGAAACCACAAAGAAAAGUGCCAAAAAAUCCGUAUAAAGUUUUGGAUGCUCCCGAGUUGCAAGAUGAUUUCUAUUUAAAUCUUGUUGAUUGGUCUUCUCAGAAUAUGCUCUCCGUCGGGCUGAACACUUGUGUUUAUCUAUGGAGCGCGAAUAAUAGCCAGGUGAUCAAGCUUUGCGAUCUCUCCACUCAGGACAACGACUCGGUGACCUCGGUGCAAUGGGCCGACAAAGGAGACCUGCUCGCUGUUGGUACAAACAAGGGAGCCACCCAGAUUUGGGACGUUCACACGCAAAAGAAAAUCCACGAAUUGGAUGGGCACAGCUCAAGGGUUGGUUGUCUCGCGUGGAACGAUCAGUUGAUCUGUUCGGGGAGUCGGGAUCGCUCGAUUUUACAGCGUGAUCUCCGGGCGAGCACAGCACCCACCAGAAAGUUGACCUCACAUCGUCAGGAGGUUUGUGGCCUUAAAUGGUCACCAGAUCGUCAAUUUUUGGCUUCAGGCGGGAAUGAUAAUCAGCUUUUGGUCUGGAAUUUGAGACGUCCUGAACCCUAUCAGACGUACACCGAGCACAGCGCGGCGGUGAAAGCGUUAGCCUGGUCACCGCAUCAUCAUGGGCUACUCGUGAGUGGUGGUGGAACGGCCGAUCGAUGCCUUCGUUUUUGGAACACUUUAACCGGACAGGCGAUGCAAUGUAUCGACACGGGAAGUCAAGUGUGCAAUGUGGCCUGGUCAAAGCACUCAUCCGAAUUGGUUUCCACUCACGGGUACUCGUACAAUCAGGUGAUUAUUUGGAAGUACCCAAGUAUGACUCCGGUCACAAAACUCACUGGUCACAACUUUCGUGUUCUCUAUUUGGCAAUGUCGCCGGAUGGUGAGGCGAUUGUGACGGGUGCCGGUGAUGAGACGCUCCGCUUUUGGCAUGUUUUCUCGAAAAACGGUGCCCCAAGGACAGCCCGCUCAAAGCUGAAUCUAUUGCACAGCAUGCGU